AUGUCAACGAACCUUUUUUUUCAUUUAUUUCAAAAUGCUCGUUUAAUAACAUCUUUGAGGACUAGCGUGCGUCACUUUACAAAACAAGUUCGACAAAUAACUAAUAGUAACGUAACUACUAAUUUGAUAAAUACAAACGGAAAGCCAAGUCCAAAGUCUCCUAAACCAAAAAAACCUUCUUCAAUAGGAGUAAAAGAGCCACCUAGCAUUAUGCAUAAAACAGAAGCGAAAACAUGGUUAGAGAAGCUAAAGUUUUCCUUUAGUAUAGAGUCGAACGUUAAGACAAGAAAAGUAAAGAAAUAUCAAACAUCCUAUUGGCAAGAUUUUAAUGAGCUAAGAAUUCAAGGUGAAAAGUUAUGGGAAGCUAAUCAGGAAGCUAUUAAAGCAGAGGAAGCGUUAUAUAUACCUAAUAUUAAUGCUCGUUCAUUAUUAAAAUCGAAUAUUGACACUGUGGAUUUAUUAAAGGAUAAUACAACUUUAUUUGCGGUAUACUUCAAUCGAUUUGGAGAAAAUCAUGUCAAAAGUUAUAUCGAACCUUUUCUUGCAGAAUUCUCUAAUAAACCAAAAAUACAACUAAUGCAGUUGAACGUUGAGACAAAUAUCUUAAAAUCGUUGAUUCUUAAAUUGUUCAUUCCAAGCAUUCGUAGCGCAAUUCCUCAAUCACUUCACAAAACUUAUCUCUUCCACUUCCGAAAUGAUCAAACUUUACACGAAGCUUUGAAUAUACGUAAUUCUUAUAGAGGAUAUGUUUUUGUGAUAGAUGCAGAUUGUAAAAUAAGAUGGUUUGCACACGGUGAUGCUACCCAAAAAGAAAUUGAGACAAUGUUAAAGAUAAUCAAGAAUCUUGGUAAUCUUGGUGAAUGA